GUGGAAUGAAGUAAGCUAUAAAGAACUGAACGAAUAAGCAGACGGUUUACUCUUUUUGAGUGAUUCAAGAAACAAGUGCUUUCAAAAUGUAUUCUGUAAAAAGAGUGUUGAUAAUCAUUUUUUUAGUUUUAUACAUUAAUUGGAGUAACAAGAACAGUUGCAGAGAUUAUCCAAAAGUGCUGAUGUGUUUCCAAAGACGGAUAUAUGAACAAAAUACCGACAAAGGGGCUAGAAGGAUAGGUACGUAUCGAUGGAAAGAAAAUGCCAAAACGAUUUCAUCGAAAGAAACCACAGAUACUUAUUGGCCCGAAUUUCGUGCUAACAUGCAUAUCACGGUUUCUAGGAGAUGUUACGAAUGUGUUGGACGCUUGGACAUGUUGGAUUCUAAUCAAACGAAUAGAAGUAGAAUGACUAUGGGACUCGGAACUUCACCAAAUACGUUAAUGGUAAAUAACAAUAGAAAUGAAUUUAUUAUUUUUGUUAAAGGAACUUUUUCUAAAUUGCAUAUCGCAAGUCAGAUUGAAAGCGCAGUAAUAAUGCUGUGUUUUUGCUACGCUAUAAGAAUAAAUGGACAAAAUAGUGCACACAUGGACAAUGGGGUUAAGUAUCUUUUGGACAAUACCAGUUCAAAAAUAGUGGAUAUUAUACAGGAAGCAAAACGUUUAAAACAGCAAACCACGAAAUACCUUUAUAUGAACUCCUAUAAACCUGUUACUCGACAAAUAAAAUGUUUCCCCUUGCUCAGACAAAAUCUGCACAUGGAACAGGAAUGGAAUAGACUCGUUUCUUUCAAUAAUUUCCCAGAAGACAAUUCAGAAAUGAGUUUUAUUCGACUCUCACAAAGUGGGUUCUUCUACACAGGGGAGAGAGAUAUUGUCGAAUGUUUUAGCUGUGGUGUUAAAAACAACAAGUGGCCACAUGAAGUAUCAGUUGCUGACACACACAGGAACAUAUCACCAGACUGUGCGUUUAUGACUGGAAAAGAUGAGUCAAAUAUUCCUAUUCAUCCCGCAGUUAAAUCAAAUGGAAAUGAGUGUAAUUCCGCUUGCUCCAGGUCUAUUGACGAACAUACUGCGUCUUAUGAUGAGACACAUGAACAAGAGACAGCUUUCAAAAAUAGCAAAUCGGAAAACCACCCAGUGAAUCAUCGGGAACCAAAAACAGAAAUUAUUAACACACUUACCAGUAACGCUAAGUAUCCUGAAUAUGCAAUAAAACGUCGAAGAUAUGACACAUUUCACACAUGGGCGUUUUCGCAUAUUGUUCCAUCACAAUCUCUCGUAGAGUGUGGACUUUUUCAUACAGGGGUUUCAGACUGUGUCCGUUGCUUCUCCUGUGGAGGGGGCAUGCGCAACUGGGAACAUGGUGACGAUCCCUGGAUUGAGCACGCACGCUGGUUCCCGAACUGUCAAUACGUUAAACAAUGCAAAGGUCAGGGAUUUAUCGAUGCGUGUCUUCUGACAAACGGGCUUGCAAGCUUCGGUCACUCAGAAACGGCUGCAAAUCAAAGGUAUAUAGAUGAACAAACACUUUUUCCGGAAACUGUAUCCGCAUCUACAAGUAGCAUUGUGCCGAUUGGAAAUAAUGAAAACAGAACCCUGAUAAAAGAACUGCAGGAAAUGGGAUUUUCAGAAAGUUUAAUUGACGAAGCGCUGUUGCAGCUAUCAAACACCACAGAUUCAUUUUUAGCGAGGAAAGAAGAGGUAAUAGAGUAUUUACUGACAUCCCAAAGCAGUACAGCCAAUCAUGAAUCCGAACAGCAGGAACUUUCAGGCUUAUUCCGACAAUCGGAUGAACUCAACUCGAAUAUCACAGACAGAGAAGGAAGCUCAAGUAACAUAGACCGCACGGAGAUAAACCAGAAACCUGAAGCAGCAUCGAGCAACACAUUUAAAGCCGAACAAUGCAAAGCAAUGAAUGGUUUAUCUGAAGUAAAGCAGAAGUUAUCCGACGAAAACGAGUUAUUGAAACAACAGAUGAUAUGCAAGGUCUGCAUGGACAACGACGCCUGCAUGGUCUUCCUCCCGUGCGGUCACAUGGUGACAUGCACUGAAUGUGCGCACGCACUCCGAAAAUGCGCCAUCUGUCGGUCUGUCAUUAAAGGCACUGUUAGGACGUUUAUGUCGUAGUGCUGCCAAACUACACUAUUGGGUCAUGUGUCAUUAGUACUAAUUGCUUAAAGUGUAUAUAGAAGGGUAAUGACUAUUCAUCAUGUUUUUAGCUCACCAGAGCACAAAGUGCUCAGCGUAAGCUAUGCCGAUAGGUUGAUUAUCCGUCGCCGUCCGUCCGACCGUCGUCAACAUUUUCCUUCAAACCAUUUCAACCAAACUUCACAGGAAUGUUCCUUGGGUGGUCAUCUUCCAGAUUUCUUCAAUAAAAGUGAUUCUAUGCAGAACUCUUGUUACCAUGGCAACCGAAAGAGAAAACUUCAUAAAUCUUCAUAUCUGCAAUCACCGGCCCGAUUUCUGUAUAUUUUCUCAAAAAUGGUGACCCUGUAUCAAAUACCUUCACCCAUGUUGAUUCGUAAAACAAUAUGUCUGUAUAUGGACAACUUUGUAUAUCAUCUCCUUAGAUUCUACAGGCCCAACUUUAAAAUAAUUUUACAGAAAGGUUCAGUAGAUGAACCUUUUUAAAUUUCUUCACCCCAUGUUGAUUCGUAAAAAACAUGACCGCCAGGGGUCGGGUCAACUUUUCACUCUUUGUUUGGAAAAUAUUCUCCUCCGAGUCCAUUGCCCGAUUAUAAGAAUUAUUUUACAUGAAUGUGACCCUCUAUCAAACUCCUUCACCCCAUGCCGAUUCAUAAAGAAACAUGGUUGCCAGGGCUAGUUACCAAUAUAAUUAUUAUGUCUAUAUGGAAAACCUCCAUUCCGACCCAUUGGCCCGAUUUUAAAUCUGCUUAAUUCAUAACAUACCAAUCUUUUACAAGCUUACUUGCAGACAUGUCCAUUUGGAUAUAUGAUAUUAUUUAUGAUAUAUUUUGGCAGCACCUACCAACUUCUUAUUGAAAACAACAUAUAUAUUUUUAUUUUUAUGGAUUUGUUUUGAACUUCAUAUCUAUGUAUGUAUCUGUUUUGUUAAUUGUGAAUUAUAUUUAUAUAAAAUAAAAUCGUUAACAAGCUA